UGUCAUAACGUUCUUUCACUUCCUGCCCACGCCGAUUGCACUUCCUAAUUCGUCCGCUGUUCUGGUUUAGAAGGCCAAAUAGCGACAGGCAUGUCUGCAGCGUUGCGUGUACUAUAUUCUGUGUCCCGGCCAGGCACCAUUGCGGCUGGACACAAUCUUGUGCGUCCAAUCAGUCUGUCGGCCCAGAGAGAGGGAUUCAAGUAUGUGAAUGCUCAGGAUCUGCCCACAGACAUGAAGUCCAUAACAGACAGAGCCGCUCAGACUCUGCUAUGGACGGAGCUCUUCAGAGGAUUGGGCAUGACCAUGAGCUACCUGUUCAGAGAGCCGGCCACCAUAAACUACCCGUUUGAGAAGGGGCCCCUGUCUCCCCGUUUCCGUGGUGAGCACGCCCUGCGCAGGUACCCCUCUGGAGAAGAACGCUGCAUCGCCUGCAAGCUGUGUGAAGCGAUCUGCCCCGCCCAGGCCAUCACCAUUGAGGCAGAGCCCCGUUCGGACGGCAGCAGGAGGACAACGCGCUACGACAUCGACAUGACCAAAUGUAUUUACUGUGGCUUCUGCCAGGAGGCCUGUCCUGUUGAUGCCAUCGUGGAGGGCCCAAACUUUGAGUUUUCCACAGAGACCCAUGAGGAGCUGCUCUACAACAAAGAGAAACUGCUCAACAACGGAGACAAGUGGGAGGCCGAGAUCGCUGCCAACAUACAAGCUGAUUACCUCUAUCGAUAGACAGACAGGCUGGCUGACGCGUGCACACACACACCGACAGACUGAACGACGUGCUCUGUUGAUAACCAUGAAAUACACACAGAUGCGGUAUGACAAACUGGCACACACAUUGUAUAGAUAUCCUUCAGCCUCUUUGACACAGACACACGUCCAUCCAUACUGUACUGUUGAUCCAGAUCAGUGUUCACACCCAUACCUGUUUCCAGAGAUCCAAACAGCACCGUUUAUCUAAAUUGCAUAUAUCUAUACUGCAUAGAUAUUGAAUGUGACUUGGAUGAUUGGGACAAAAUAAACAGCAGGGAGCCACAGCUCUCCAGAACCAGGUCUGUGUGGACCACUGUCAAAAUAAGCUCAGCUCACCCACAGAGUGAUGCAACCUCGGUCUCCUGUACCGGCAGCCAGCCCACAGAUACCUUUACUGGGGCACAUUCAAUAGGGAUACGUUGUGGAAAUUUUCAUAAAGAAAUUACAUCAAUAGAGUUGACAUGAUUCUUUAUUCUACUUGUCAAUGAGGCAUGUGUGUUCUACAUACCAUAUGUCUGAACGUUCCACAACGCUGUGCCCUGCUGAACGCACCCCUGAUGUCUAUGCUCAACAGUACUGUCUAUCUGAUUCGAGGUAAGAUAUUGCCCCAAACCACAGAUAUAGGAUCAGAUCAAAUUAACUUGAACCAGUAGGGACAAGGGAAAAAAAUCUGACCAUGUGUUAGUGGUUAGGGACAACUACCUACUCGGUGUCCCAAAUGGUACCUUACCUCCUAUAUAGUGCACUACCUUUGACCAGGGCCCAUAAGACUGGUCAAAAGUAAUGCACUAUAUAAGGAAUAGGGUGGCUUUUGGGACGCAGUCCUACUCUGUUUUAAGGGCGGCGUGUUAUCAUUUUGCCGGAGUGUAAUACACAACCAGUUGGCACAUGAUACUCGGGCUCUAUUAUAAUUAUUAUUAUUAUCCUCAAACUAGAGAAUAUAUUAGCCUACUGCAAACACAAAGUUACAUGGGGUUUUGUUGUCAUGAUAAUUGUACAAAGGUUAAGUACUUGUGGACUUUAAAUUAUGAAGAAUAAAUAUUGUUCUGUCCUACGUUUUAAAA